AUACGAGACCAUGCGAGCCCGGCCUAAACGUAGUUUCCCGCUCAAACCUCCCUCUCUCUGUGUCUAAGAAGGAGGAGCUCUCGAGUCUCCAAGGAAAAAAAUAAAAAAAAGAGUCCAAGCCUCCGAGAGAUGGGGGAAGUGACGAAGACGAUGGCGGCGGAGGACCCGAACGCGGUGGAGGCGCUGUCACUCGUCCCGCGGAGCGCGACUCUCUACGUGGGGGAUCUCGACCCGUCCGUCACAGAAACCGACCUUCUCAUCGCCUUCGCCAGCAUCGGCCCCAUCGCCUCCGUCCGCCUAUGCCGCGACCGCGCCUCCGGCGACUCCCUCCGCUAUGCCUACCUGAACUUCCACUACCUUCUCCAUGCCAAGAAAGCGAUCCGGUUUCUGAAUCACGUCCCUCUCAAUGGCAAGCCCAUGCGGAUCAUGUGGUCCCGCCGAGACCCGCUCUCAAGAAAGUCCGGCGUCGGUAAUCUCUUCGUUAAGAAUUUGGAGGAAUCGGUGAGCGGGAGGGAGCUGGAGGCCCUGUUCUCGUGGUAUGGGAUGGUGGAAUCGUGCAAGGUGGCGACAGAUGAGAAGGGGAGGAGCAAAGGAUUCGGCUUCGUCCAGAUGGAUUCGGAGAUGGCUGCCUUGGCGGCCAUUGAGGCCCUCAAUGGCGUGUUCUUAACUGAUUCAAGAAAGAGACUGUAUGUAUCAAAGUUCGUUAGAAAGAGUGAAAGGCAAACCCUGCACAAAGAACCAAUAGGCACCAAUCUUUAUAUAAAGAAUCUGGACUGGGAUAUCACAGACAAUAUUCUUCAUGACAAGUUCUCCAAAUAUGGGAAAGUCAUCAGUGCUGUUGUCAUGAAAGAUCAAGAUGGAAAGUCAAGAGGAUUUGGAUUUGUCAGCUUUGAGGUGCCAGAGCAUGCCAAGAUGGCUUUGGAGGCUAUGAAUGGCUCGAAACUUGGAUCAAAGUCUUUAUAUGUAGGACAUGCUCAGAAAAAAGCUGAACGUGAGAAGCUACUAAGGCUUCAGUUUUUGGAGAAUCACGGCCGACACUUUAAAGGGAUCCAGGGUUCAAAUGUGUAUGUGAAGAACCUCGAUGACUCAGUUGCUGAUGAAGCUUUGCGAGAAUAUUUUGCUGGAUGUGGGAAAAUAAUUUCAACAAAAGUGAUGCAUGAUAAAAAUGGUCUGAGCAGGGGAUUUGGAUUUGUGUGCUUCUCCUCCCCAAAGGAAGCAAGCAACGCUGUUGCAAAAUUAAAUGGGUCCAUGUUCCAUGGCAGACAUCUAUAUGUUGCAAUUGCUCAGCACAAGGAAGAUGGCCAUAAAGCUUUGCAGCUCCACUUUGCUAAUAUGCCAGCACAACAUGCUGGGCACUAUGGGCUUCCAUCAAUAUAUUAUACACCACAAUAUGGACAGCUUCAAAAUUCAGGGUACACUAGUUGGCAGCACAGGAUGGGUCAUUUUCUUGGGAAUCAAUACUUCGAGAUCCCUAAUCAAAUAAAGCAGCAAGCUUAUGCAACUGCUAGCUGUGCAAACAAGGUUCCCAUCCCUCUUCAAACAAAGAAUGAUCCAUUUGUUUCUCAGUUUCAUUAUCCUGUUUAUAGAGGGAAUCCGCUGCCGUGCUUAUAUAAUGCGCAGCCAAACAAAUAUGGGCAAUAUGGAGUCAUGAACAAUGGUUACUUUGAGGCUCCAUGGUCAUAUAAUGGUUACACUGAGGCUCCAUGUUCAUUCAAGUUUGCCAAGGCAGUGAAGAAUGCAUACUCUUCUCAGUUUAAGGUGCCAAAAUUGUAUGGAUCUGCGAAGGGGGUAAGUAAGAUGUGCUACACUGAGGCUUCCUCUCAUCUCUUAAAGGAACUGGACAGGGUGGUUGCAGCUGCAGAGCCUAAGCAGCAGACAUCAAUGAUUAGAGAACAACUCCAUCCUCUUGUUCAGAAGCUCGAGCCCGAGCAUUCAUCAGAAGUAACAGACAAGCUGUUGGAGAUGAAUGUCACUGAACUGCAUGAGAUUCUGUUGUCACCUGGUUUGCUAUCUCAACGGGUGGCAGAUGCAGUCCAAGUCUUGAAGGGAUUAAAGGAUAAGGCAGCUACAGAUGAGAUUGAUGGGCAGCAGAUGCAGCCCAAGUCCUGAACGGAGUAAAGGCUAAGGCACCUACAGAUGAGAUCCACAUUGCUGGCCAACUGUAAAACAAAAUAAUAGGUUCACCUUGCCAACUUCAGCAACUUGAAGUCGCGAUGCUUUUCCUGGAUAAACCUGUGGUUUUGUUGUAUUCUUUUCCUGGAGAGCAUCAGUUCAUGUUGUUAAUUGAGCUGUAUCUUGUCUCAUUGCAUGAGUAAGCAACCCUAUCUUGU